AAUUCAACUUUGUUAUUGGUGUGGAACUGAAGAUGGUUUAUCUGAUUUAUCUAAAUUAUUAACUAAUCAGUAUAAAAUAGUUUAUCCAUGUUGUAAAACAUGUAAAGAAUUAGAAAAAGAUCAUUUUACUCGUUUGGAGAUUAAAGUUGGGAAAAAUA